AUGUCGACAUCAUUUGAUACAAUUGAUGCUGCUAAUCGUCGUUUUGAAGAACUUUUUAAUGCAGGCAAACUUGAUGAAUUAGUUCAAUGUUAUACACCAGAAGGAAAACUUUUACCACCCGAUAAAAAUAAAUAUGAAGGACGUGAAGAAAUAAAAAAAUUCUGGCAAGGUGGUCGUGAUGCUGGUAUUAGUAAUUUACGUCUUUCAACAGGAACUGUUGUAGAAGCUGGACCAGAUCGAUUGAUUGAAACUAGUUCUUAUCAACAUUCAUUAGAUAAAGGCAAUUAUCAAGUUAUAUGGAAACGUGCUGGUGAAGGAAAAAAUGAAUGGCAAUUAGAUAUUGAUAUUUUUAAUUAA